UGCCACAGCACAUCCCGCUUCUCAAACAUGAGUUCCCCGGAUAAUCAGAUGGAGCAGCCAAAGCAAAAUGAUGAGCUGAGGAUUGUUCUGGUUGGGAAGACUGGAGUUGGGAAGAGUGCAACAGGAAACACCAUCCUGGGAGUAAACGCUUUUAUGUCUAAGGUAUCUUCUUCCUCUGUGACAUCGGCGUGUGAAAAACACAAAAGGAAGGUGGAUGGGCAAAUGGUUGCUGUCAUUGACACACCAGGCUUGUACGACACCAAAUCUACCCAAGAGGAGAUCAUUAAUGAGAUCAAAAUGUGCAUCUCUUUCUCUGCUCCUGGUCCCCAUGUCCUGAUUGUGAUCCAGCUGGGUAGAUACACAGACGAGGAGAAAGGCACAGUGAACCUCCUCCAGCAGAUCUUUGGCAAAGAGGCUGAAAAGUACAUAGUGGUUUUCACUCGUGCAGAUGAUCUACAGGGAGAAAGUAUUGAAUCAUUCAUGAUGGCACGUGACAGCAGUGAAGAUUUAAAAACCUUGGUCUUUGAAUCAUGCCACGGGAGAUAUCAUGUCUUCAACAACAGAGACCUCAAUAAUCGCUCUCAGGUCUCUAAGCUGCUUGAGAAGAUCAACAACAUGACCAUAACGGAUGGAAGACAGCACCACUACACCAACAAAAUGUUCCAAGAGGCUGAUAGAGCGAUUGAGGAGGAGAAAGAUAGGAUUCUGAAAGAGAACGCAGAGCAGACAAGGAGUGAAAUGGAAGCACUGGAAAGUAAAUAUGAAGGAAUAGGCUCUGGAGGAAGCGAAGAAGAAGCUGAUGCAAGAAAAGGAGAGAGAAGUGCUAACAGCAAUGACCUGAGACUGGUGUUGGUCGCCCUGAGUGGAGUGGGGAAGAGUGCAGCAGGAAACACCAUUCUGGGCCAAGAGGUGUUUGAUUCCAGAAUCAGCUUCAAACCAGUAACACUGAAGAGUGAGAGGCAAGAGGGAGAGGUGUGUGGGAGGAGAGUGAUGGUGGUGGACACUCCAGGUCUGUCCAACAGUGACGUCUCUGAGGAAGAAGUGAGACGGGAGAUGGAGAGAGCCAUAACUCCUGUAGUGAACCAGGUCCCCAUGCCUUCCUCCUGGUCAUUCAGCUGGGCCGCUUCACAGAACAAGAGAAGAGAGUGA